AUGGGUCGAUUCCGUAGGUCGAGCGCUUUCAAGUCAAAGAAACAACAACAAAAAAAGGCAACACCAACAACCAUUGGUGGUGUCGACCACGUCCUGCCAAUCCUCCCGAAAAAUACUUGCAGCAACCCCGCAACAAUACGCAAAACCAAGGACUCUUUUUUGUCAAGACACCCAAAACGGCGUCGCAGAGCAUUAAUCGAAUUCUCAAACGAACCAUUGCCAGAGUCCGUGCUCGAACUGGUAGAACGUGCCAUUUGCGAGGACACCACAUACAGGGCGAUCCUGCCGCGUGGUAUGGUCAUCGACAUCAGUUUCACAGCGUCUUGCUCACAUCCUUGCGAGAUCCAGUGCCAACGAGCACUCAGUCGCAUUUGGUGGACACUCUCCACCAGACAAUUCACAUCUCAGGGGAUUGAUGUGGCCUUGUUGGAACAGGCAUUGACCCGAUGGACGGAAACCGAAACGGGUGUCAUUAGCAAUGGACAAGGUGGAUUUCAACUCAAUUAUGUGAGCUUUCCAGUGAUUCCUCCACAAUCGGCGUGGAAACCCAAUCAACCCUUUCAAGUUCAAGAUCCGGACCAAGUGCACGGGUACAUUGAACAGGCUCUGCAGGAAUACGACUUUUUUCUGGUUCAGGAGCGCUUGGACGAAUCUCUUGUGGCACUCCAAUUGCUUCUUGGGUUGGAGACGGCCGACAUUCUCAGCAUGCCGCUGCACGUGGGAGGGAGUUAUCUCUACGAUCGGAUUGCUGGAUGUAUUGAAUUGAACUAUGGAGAUUAUCUAUUGUGGGGUGCCGCUCAGGCAAGUCUCGAUCAAACCAUUGAGAAAUUGGGAUUGUCACGCUUCCAAACGGCGUUGGAGGAAUUUCACCAACUCCAAGAAGCCGUGAUGCAAACUUGUUCCCAACAAGUCGUCUUUCCUUGUUCGCACAAUGGGGACUAUUCAGCGAGAAGACUAAAGCCAGGAAACAAGAAUGCCAAUGGAGAUCGGUACCCUCAAGCCGAUAUUGAAGCCUGCAUUGAUCAAGUGGUGGCAAAGCGCUUGCAGUCAAAGUGGCAAAACGCUUGA